GGGUGGGCUGCCCUUCCCCGGCCUCGAUGCCGUGACUUCUGCUUUGCCAUCGCCUGGCCCCCAGCAGCGAGCACUUCCAACGCUCAAGAAGCCCGAUGUGGUGCGGCCGAGGAACUCGAGCAUCUGGCGCCUGCUGCUUUGUGAAGGGACGGCCUCUGUGUGUCCGUUGCAGAUCAUCACUCCUGCCAGGCUCGUGGUGAUGGAGCGCUUCAUGAGGGCCGUGCCCUUCUGGCAGCCGUUGCGGGAGAAGGAGAUUCUGCCCACGGCCGAGUCCGACUUGGAGGACGAGAUGAUGAGCAAGCGCUCGCGGGAUGCCGUCCUGGGUGCCCUGCUCCUCAUCGGAGUGGCUGUGGCCAUGGCCCAGUUCUUCGCUGCCGUCGGGAACUGCGUGGCCGAAAGGACGGCGUCGAAGAAACCUGUUGCUUCAAGCAGGAACGCCUGUGUGCUGACGGACGACGAGGGCUUCUCCGAGGCCGAGCCAAUGCUGAAAGCGCCCGAGAAGGAGAGUGCAGGCAUGCUAACUGGCUUCUACGAGUAUGAGCUCUCCCUGGGGCUCGGAAAAUCCACUGUUUACUACGUGCUGCACAACGGAUUCCUCUUGGCCGGGGCGUCAGUGACAUGGGAUGGCUCUUGGAGGGAUUUGGAGGGCUCUCAAACCUCAGUUCGUGAGCCAAUAGGGGAGCUAGAGCCGGCAGCCCAACAGCUAGGAGCAAGAGUCCGAAAGAAAGCUCUGAACAGCCCUCCAGAUUUUCUGCUCGCGAAGUUCCUGCGUUCCGUUGUCAUACAGUCCAACCUGGUGAUCUGUCGAAGAAAUGCCCUGCCACGAAUGCUCAUGAUGAUGCUUGCCGUCGUUGUAGGCUCGAAGACGAUGUGGGCGAGCGUGAGGGUUGUUGGUCUAGGCCAGCUGGGAACGGCCCCUGCAACCGCGCUCGCCAAGGUCCUAAUGUCCUGGUGCAUGAUGAACAACAUGAUGCUGGGAAGCGCGGGCAUAGUCUGGGAGGCCAUUGGUCUCUGGCUGGUCGCCAGCCUCUCAGAGACACGGCUGCUCAGGCCGUGCUGGCCGUCGACGUUUUUGGGUACCUUUGCCGCGCCGUUCAGGACCCUCGUGCUCCGGCGUACUUCAGGGCUCAGCACCUGCUCCAGCUGCGUGGAUUGGCCGGAAGGUGCCAAGCCCAUGGGUGCCAAUGAUCUUGUCUGCCUGGAGCUCGUGGAAGCGAACCGUACUUCGAAGUGGAGACUGAUGUGGUAUUGGGGAGUUAUCCUAGCGAGCAAGUCUGCGCGCCGAUUUGUGGAGCAGAUAUGGAACAUGCUCACAUCUGCCUGGGCCACGUCCAUCCUCGCUUCCUCUGACUGCAUCUUCACGGCUUCCGUGUUGCAGUUGGCCGCCUGUGCGGAAGACGAUCGAAUUCAACAAAGGGGCCGGGUGCUGAAGUG